AUGGCAACGGGUGCUGCAGAGCUAGACCCAGGCAGAGCGUGGAGAGGUCGUGGCCACGCCGACGAACCACGGGUGCAGCCUGAUUGCUCAAGCCGCAAACGGCAACUGUCUGCCAAUGGCGAAGACGAGGACGAAGACGAGUCGACCCACGACGCGAGACGUCCUAGACACGCAGUGGCGCGACAGGCAGAGUCAGUAACAGAAGCUGGCGGAGAUUACUUCGUUGAAGAAUGGUUGGCACAAUGUUACCCAGCAGGCAAAUCCCCGGCGGAGAUCGAAGCCCAACUGUCAGGAGGACCUGCCGACACGUCCCGCACACGUCCCCCCGACCUUCCAGACCCAGAGAGUCAUUGCGAGAGCACACCCACCGCCACAAGUAUCCACGAUUUGGAAUAUCGGCGGGCGUUGCGCUAUCGCAAUAUAUGGAUAUAUCGUGAAGAUCCCCCCGAGAAAUUGAUGUGGCGGGCAAAGAGAAUAAUAUCAUGGAACCGAGAAUCCCCUGAGAUGGAUGAUGAGGACGUUCAACAAUUGGUGAAAAACAGCCGAAGGCUUGAAGAGAUGGGAAGAGAUGGGAUCAUAGAGUAUUUGGCCAAGAAUAUCCUCCCAAGUAAGACCGGCAUGCCUCACAGUAAACAAUUGGCAUGGAACUCCGGCAAACCGUGGCUCAAUUCUGUCCCGCUCCCGCUCAGGCCUUGUGCUGUUCACACGAACGCAUCGCCCUUGCGUGAACCGAAACCAAACCUAGUAUUUGGAUUCUCGAAGGAAGCCUUCACCGAAAAUCAGUUAGGAGUAAUUGAUCUUCUCAUCAACGACGAAACCGGUAAAAGCUACGCCAUUCCCGACCAGGAGAUUCGAUUUCCGUUUCUGGAGAUCGAGUUCAAGUCCCAGGCCAAAUAUGGAACCCACUAUACGGCAACAAACCUGACCGCUCUCGCUGGAGCUAUUAUGUUGAACGGCCACGUGAAUCUUAUGCGGCGCAGCUUUGGUAUAAGAGAUUUCGAUUAUGAUGAGCCACAAUAUUUCUCCAUCACCAUGGACCAUGAACUCGCUCGGAUCAAUGUACAUUGGCUAAGACCUACCCACGAUCAACGGCAUAGCUUCCAUGUCGAAGGACUGUCGAAAUAUCUCUUGGAUGACCCAAAUAGCAUUCGAGCUCUUUCUCGAGCAAUCAAGAACAUCCUCGAAUAUGGUGCCGUUACACUCCACCGAAGAAUUUGCAGGGCAUUGAACGCAUACGGGGGGACGGGGGGCCGUAACCUUUCAACAGCAAAUAUUCACAAAAUCCUGGAAGCUCAAGAAAGAAAGGAGAACAGCAAAUGCUCAGAGAAUCCCGGAACCUGA